GGGUGCUCCUAGGGCCUGGCAGUGCCCGCUGACUCUCGGGACCCUCUGAGCUGCCCUUCUGUGCCGACAUCCGCCCUGCAGGGCUCAGUCCUUGUCCCUUUCCUCCCGAAGCACAGCUGCCAAGGAGUCCCGGCCCCCAUGGUAUAGAAGGGCUCAUGACGACACCCAAGCAGGACCCGAGCUCCGGAUGGCCCCCCAUGGGUCGUGCCCUCAGGCCCCCUCCCACCCUGAGGUGGGCACAGACCCUACUCUGGGCUGGCUCUGGAAGAACCAGGGAGAGUGGGAAGUGACAUAGUGAGUGGGACAGGGGUGCCGCACUUACCAGGAGAAGGGACAGUCUGGGGUCCCGCCGCACAGGCAGGACAGCUCCUUGGUCCAUUUGCAGGGACAGUACAGGCCAGAGCGUGAGGACCAACCCUCUCUCCUCCCCACAACAGGGCGGGUUUUCCUGCUUCCCCAAAACGUGCCCUGUUGCGGGGAGGAGAGGCCGCGCUGGGGUCCCAGGACUGCGGUGAACCCCACCUCCCCUUGCUGCUCCUCUUCCCCACCUCCAGCUGCACUGCUCAUGAUGCUGAGGGGCAAAGCGGCAGGGGAGGGGAGAGGGGCCUGGCCCUUUAAGCAGCGGCCCGCAGUUGGCCUUGGACCCCAGCUGGGGGGCUGCACUGCAAGUGGGUGGGGUGGGGGCCCCAUCCCGGCGGGGAGUCCGGGGGACGUGGAGGUGGCAGGCAGAAGCAUGUCUGUGACUGUAGCCAUAAGCACUUGCGGGGUCUGCCGGGUGGCUCAGUAGAGGCACGCGUCCUGGUACACACGCUUUCAUUCGAGUCUGGGAUUUCACUGUGAGUAGCAGGCGAGCUGCAGGCAACCCCCCUCACACCCCUGAGUUAGGGAGCAGGGAUAGUGGGAAGGCGCCUUUGGGGAGGCCUGGGGAUAGGGGUGCCUCCCCCAGGCCCAAAGCAUGCUGGGACCUACAAAGGGUCCCUUGCUGAACCCCAACGCCCCUCCCUUGUCACUCAGCCGCCCUAGAGCCUGGGUGGUUCUGAAAUCCCUGGAGCCUCAGUCCCUGCUAGGCCUGGCGUCCACAGUGGGCUCUGUAGGGGGCAUCCAUGCUACCCACUCUGCCUGGGGAGGUCCUGGGAAGCUUCCCCAGGGAAUUGCUGCCACAGCUGUGAGUCCCUGCACCUGUCCAGAGACAUUCCUGCCUUCCCUCCUGUGGGAGAGGGGAGGGUUCUGAUGGAAUCCCCCUGCCACCACCACUCCCUUUGGCCAGGCCCUGAAGAAAGCAGAGAGUAGGGCCCAAGAUUCCUGAGAGAGCCACAGGGAGGUGGGAGGCAGCAGCUACCAGGGAGGAGUCUGCAGAGAGACUGCGGCCCCUGCCCUCCUGGACAUCAAGAACAUCCAGGGCUCCCCUGGCUCAGAUCGGUGAGCGGAAGCCAGCCACGGCCCAGCCUCUGCUCAGGGGAACCUGCAAGCUGGGGCAUCACUGGUGACAAGUCACCUGCUUCCCCCUGUCCAGCCAGCAGGUUCCCAUGGAGGGGACUGCUUCUCCAAGGCUGCUGCCUCAACCCGCCCGGCCUGGAGCUUCCACUGUCUCCACAGCCCCCACCAUCAUGUCUUUUUGGGGGACACGAGGAGCUGGCACAGCAGGCGUUCUGGUUGGGGGUUUGCACACACUCCCCUAUGCUGAGUUAUCCAGGGGGCUUCGCCACCUUCUCCUCCUGCUUCCCCGGCCUCUGCGAGGGCAAGCCUGCUGCCCUGCUACCCAUGAGCCUCUCCCAGCCCUGCCUGCCCGUGCCCAGCGUGGGACUGACCCGCAUCCUGCCUCACCUCUACCUGGGCUCGCAGAAAGACGUCCUCAACAAGGAUCUCAUGACGCAGAAUGGAAUAAGCUACGUCCUCAACGCCAGCAACUCCUGCCCCAAGCCGGACUUCAUCUGCGAGAGCCGCUUCAUGCGGGUCCCCAUCAAUGACAACUACUGUGAGAAGCUGCUGCCCUGGCUGGACAAGUCCAUCGAGUUCAUCGAUAAAGCCAAGCUGUCCAGCUGCCAAGUCAUCGUUCACUGUCUGGCCGGCAUCUCCCGCUCCGCCACCAUCGCCAUCGCCUACAUCAUGAAGACCAUGGGCAUGUCCUCUGACGACGCCUACAGGUUCGUGAAGGACCGGCGCCCGUCCAUCUCGCCCAACUUCAACUUCCUGGGCCAGCUGCUGGAGUACGAGCGCAGCCUGAAGCUGCUGGCCGCCCUGCAGGGCGACCCGGGUACCCCGGCGGGGACGCCGGAGCCUCUGCCCAGCCCCGCGCCCGGGGCCCCGCUGCCGCGGCUGCCACCACCUACCUCAGAGAGCGCUGCCACCGCCAGGGAGGGCGGCCCGAGCGCGGGCGGGGAGCCCCCGACGGCCCCCGCCACCAGCGCGCUGCAGCAGGGCCUGCGCGGCCUGCACCUCUCCUCCGACCGCCUGCAGGACACCAACCGCCUCAAGCGCUCCUUCUCGCUGGACAUCAAGUCGGCCUACGCGCCCAGCCGGCGCCCCGAUGGCCCCGGGCCCCCCGACCCCGGCGAGGCCCCGAAGCUCUGCAAGUUGGACAGCCCGUCGGGGGCCGCGCUGGGCCUGCCCUCGCCCAGCCCGGACAGCCCGGACUCCGCGCCCGAGGCGCGCCCGCGGCCCCGCCGGCGGCCCCGGCCCCCAGCCGGCUCCCCCGCGCGCUCCCCCGCGCACGGCCUGGGCCUGAACUUCGGCGACGCGGCCCGGCAGACUCCGCGGCACGGCCUCUCGGCCCUGUCGGCGCCCGGGCUGCCCGGCCCCGGCCAGCCAGCCGGCCCCGGGGCCUGGGCGCCGCCGCUUGACUCCCCGGGCACGCCGUCGCCCGACGGGCCGUGGUGCUUCAGCCCCGAGGGCGCGCAGGGAGCAGGCGGCGCGCGGUUUGCGCCCUUCAGCCGGGCGGGCGCGCCGGGACCGGGUGGCAGCAGCGGCGGCGACCUGCGGCGGCGGGAGGUGGCAAGGGCCGAGCCCCGGGACGCGCGGACGGGCUGGCCCGACGAGCCGGUCCCGGAGACGACGCAGUUCAAGCGCCGCAGCUGCCAGAUGGAGUUCGAGGAGGGCAUGGUGGAGGGGCGCGCGCGCGGCGAGGAGCUGGCCGCCCUGGGCAAGCAGGCGAGCUUCUCGGGCAGCGUGGAGGUCAUCCAGGUGUCCUGACCCCUCCGCGGGGUCCCAGCGCCCGCAGCCGGGCCCGUUAUACAUAUAUAUUAUAUAUAAUGCAAAGAAAGGUAAAUGGUUUUACUGCGAUUUUUAUCGAGAAGUAAAUAUUUCGAUUUUUUAUUUAUUUAAGCUGUUCAUUCUGGCAAUGAUUUGGCAACAGCGCGGGUGGUCCUCGAGCUCUAUUUUUACUGUCUGGUAUUUAAACUGAAACACACGUUUCUAAGCAAUACGAGGCCACCUUCAGUCGCAAGCUGGGUGCCAGGCCUGGGGCCCCCCCAGUUCCCCCGCCCCAGGAAACACUGCUGACCUUUGCAAAGGCUGCCGAGCUUUCGUGCACUUUUUACAUAAGAAAAAGAUGAAAAAAAGGAAAAAAAA